UUUUCUUUUUUCCCUAAUAAAUUCUCUUUCAAAUUCGUCAUCUCCUUGUUGUCAAACCCUAGCAUCUGCCACCAGAUUACUGUGUUUUUUUUUUUCUGAGACGAAAAAUAAUCAAUCACCAGUGACCGAAUCGGGGAUUGAUGUUGAUGAUCACUCACCCUCGGCUAGUGUAGGGUUUAUGGAUUUUUUCCCCCAAACUUCGUCACCGUCGUCGUAAUCGUCAUCGUCAUCGUGUAUUCAAUUACGGAUCUAAAAUUUUCUCAGAAAACAAAAGUGCCUAAUGUUGUUACAUAUAUGUGUUUACAGUUGCCGAUAAUUGAAAAAAAAAAACUGGGAUGAAUCUAAAGCAUUCUUGACGAGGAUGAUGAAUUACAUGUAAGAAAUUGGAAUUUUUUUUAUGAAAGCACCAAUUAGACUUUGAAUUGAGUUUGUGAUUUGAAGGGAAAAGAAAAAAGAAAAAAAAAAAGGGAAAAUGUAUAAGUCAGUGGUGUACCAGGGGGAGAUUGUGUUGGGAGAGGUAGAGAUAUACCUUGGGGAGAAAAAGAGCAAGAACAUUGAUCUGAAGGAAAUCAGAAUAAGUCACUUCUCGCAACCGAGUGAGCGGUGUCCACCACUUGCUGUGCUUCACACAAUUACCUCAUCGCGUGGUGUUUGCUUCAAAAUGGAGUCAAAGACCUCAUUGACACAACAACAACAGCAGGACGCGCUCUCUCACUUGCACUCCUUGUGUAUCAGGGAGAACAAGACUGCUGUAAUGCCAUUGCGUGAGGAAGAAAUACAUUUGGUUGCAAUGUAUUCACGGAAUAAUGACAGACCAUGUUUUUGGGGAUUUAUAGUUGCCUCGGGACUUUACGAUUCAUGCCUUGUGAUGUUAAAUCUUAGAUGUUUGGGUAUAGUGUUCGAUCUGGAUGAAACUCUUUUAGUGGCAAAUACACUGCGUUCUUUUGAGGAUAGAAUUGAGGCACUUCAGAGAAAAAUAAACUCCGAGGUAGAUCCACAACGAAUUUUUGGUAUGCAAGCAGAGAUCAAGCGGUACCUAGAUGACAAGAGUAUAUUGAAGCAAUAUGCUGAAAAUGAUCAAGUUGUUGAUAAUGGGAAAGUGAUAAAAAUUCAAUCUGAGAUUGUUCCAGCAUUGUCUGAUAGUCAUCAACCUAUACUCCGACCACUAAUAAGGUUACAGGAGAAGAACAUUAUUCUUACACGCAUCAAUCCACAGAUUCGUGAUACAAGUGUUCUUGUGAGGUUGAGACCUGCAUGGGAAGAUCUCCGGAGCUACCUGACUGCAAGAGGGCGCAAGCGUUUUGAGGUUUUUGUUUGCACAAUGGCUGAAAGGGACUAUGCACUAGAAAUGUGGAGGCUUCUUGAUCCAGAUUCGAAUCUGAUAAACUCUAAAGAACUAUUAGAUCGUAUUGUAUGUGUCAAGUCUGGUUUAAAGAAAUCAUUGUUUAAUGUAUUCCAAGAUGGCUUAUGCCAUCCAAAGAUGGCAUUGGUAAUUGAUGAUCGAUUGAAAGUGUGGGAUGAGAAAGACCAACCUCGGGUGCAUGUCGUCCCUGCAUUUGCUCCAUAUUAUGCGCCUCAAGCUGAAGCAAGCAAUACUGUCCCUAUCUUGUGUGUUGCAAGAAAUGUUGCUUGCAACGUUAGGGGUGGCUUCUUCAAAGAUUUCGAUGAUGUUUUUUUGCAAAAGAUUCCUCAAUUUGCCUAUGAAGAUGAUAUCAAAGAUAUACCUUCUCCUCCUGAUGUGAGCAAUUAUCUAGUUUCAGAGGAUGAUGCAUCUCUUUCCAAUGGAAAUAAAGAUUCAAUUAUAUUUGAUGGCAUGGCAGAUUCUGAGGUAGAAAGAAGUUUAAAGGAUGCAACAAAAUCAGCUGUUUCAACUAUCCCUGCAAUGACUGCUAAUCUAGAUCCCAGGCUCGCUUUCGCUUCUUCUCUUCAAUACUCAAUGGUGUCUUCUUCUGGUACAGUCCCUCCCCCAACAGCACAAGGAUCUCUGAUGCAAUUUGGCGAAAUACAGUUCCCUCAAUCUACUACUCUAGUUAAGCCAAUAGGUCAAGUUGCUCCUCCAGAACCCAGCUUGCAUAGUUCUCCUGCCAGAGAAGAGGGUGAAGUACCUGAAUCAGAAUUAGACCCAGAUACAAGGCGUAGGCUUCUCAUAUUGCAACAUGGGCAAGAUACAAGGGAGAAAACAUCAACUGAACCUCCAUUUCCCCGUAGACAUCCCAUACAAGUUUCUGCUCCACAUGUCCCAUCUCAUGGGGGAUGGUUUCCUGUAGAACAGGGGAUGGGUUCACAGCAACUAAGUCGGGUAGUAGCUAAAGAAUUCCCUGUAGAUUCUGAACCAUUGAGUAUUGAGAAGCACUGGCCUCAUCAUCCAUCCCUUUUCUCCAAGGUUGACAAUUCUAUUCCAUCUGAUAGAAUUCUCCAUGAGAGCCACCAAAGAUUGCCAAAGGAGAUAAUUUCUUUGCAGGUGCAUCAUAUAGAUGAUCGCUCAAGAUUAUCACUCUUUAGUUAUCAUUCUUUCUCUGGUGAUAACAUUUCCUUGAGUAAUUCGUCUUCCCGCAACAAGGAUCUUGACUCUGAAUUGGGCAGUUCUCUAUUUCAUUCUGAUACUGCUGCUGGAGUACUAGAAGAAAUUGCACGGAAGUGUGGAACUAAAGUGGAAUUUUGGUCAUCGAUAGUUGGUAGCACAGAACUGCAAUUCUCCAUUGAGGCAUGGUUUGCCGGAAAAAAAAUUGGUGAAGGAAUUGGUAGAACUAGAAGGGAAGCCCAACAUAAGGCAGCUGAGUAUGCUAUCAAACAAUUGGCUGAUGUAUAUAUAUCUCAUGCUAAGGCUGAUCCUGCUUCCACUUAUGGCGAUGUGAGUGGAUUUCAUGGUGCAAAUGACAAUGGUUUUGUGAGUAAUGUUAAUUCUCUUGGUAACCAACUAUUGCCUAAAGAGGAGUCAGUCGCAUUUUCAACUGCAUCGGAGUCAGUGAGGGUUUUAGAUUCUGGGAUGGAAGUCUCUAAAAGACCAAUGGGUUCAAUUUCUGCCCUGAAAGAAUUGUGCAUGAUGGAGGGCUUUGGUCAAGGCACUGAGAAGCGGGAAGGUUCUUUCAGGCCAGUGCAAGGAUUGUCAAAUAAACGUCUAAAGCAAGAAUAUCCCCAAACAAUGCAGCGGAUUCCCUAUUCUGCAAGAUAUCCCAGGAAUGCUCCUCCCGUUCCUUGAAAAGUAUAACGACCUUUUUCAUCUCAACUAAUCAGGAUGGCCUUUGUUGGGACAUGCUUAUGUUACUGAAGCAACUAUUCGGAGAGUGACUGUUGGUUGGAUGACUGCCAGUUAAGUGGGUUCUUGGUCUUUCAUUUUUUUUUGUUACCGAGUCCAAUGCCAAGUGGAACACUCGCUUUUCAUAUCUUAAGAUCCUCUCUGAAGUAGGAAUGGAUCCUCUAAUGUGAUACGAGGUUAUGCAGAUGAUCUCAGUCAUCCAUAAAUGAAUCAAAUGGUUAUGGAGAGUUCAUUAGGAUAAAGAGUGAAAAAAAAUAUAUAUAUAACAAUUGAUUUGUCUAUAAACUGUUGAGAUGGUCUCAUUUGACUUCAUGUCAUAUGAGAGGAUUCAUUCUCCAGUGGUCUGGAGCGAGAUACUAGACAAAGAUACUGAACAUGAGAGGCAAUGCAGUGCCGGUUGUGUGUUUGAGGCCGGUUCAAAAGAUGAUGAGGCAGCCCCACAUGCUGUACAUAUAUUUAUGUGGCUUUUAUACUUGUGUACUCAAAGAGCAGCCUAUUGGAAUUGAGAUUUGAUUCUUUCUUUCUUUUUUAACUGAAGUAUAAUACACCAUUCAGUACAGGUAUUUCUACACUCGAAGUUGGUUUGCACUAACCUUUCCGGCUAAUAGUCUUUCAUGCCACUGAAAAUUCUAUCACUAGGCAUGCUUCUGAAGACAGUGUCAUUGACGGAGUUUUUGCGGUCAGCUCACUUAAGUAGUACAGUUUUUUCACUUUUGGUUAUCUCUGAUUUUUUUCUUCUUCCCGAGUCUUUAGGUAGAGAACUAUUACCUUGUGCUAUAGAAAUCUCUCACAAUUAAAACAUAUAUAUGUGCCUGUAUCUGAAUUGAUACGAAGAAAUUUUUAACAGAUUGGGGCUGUGCACGAU